AUGAGGGGACGAGGACGGGAGACCUAUGACGAUGGAGGGAUAGAUAGUGAUAAUGGAAAAGGAGCUCAACAAGACAACAUCGCUAGCAGCGGCAUCGGCCCAAACCAAGGCAUCGCCGAUAUCUUGUGCACGCAGUAUCCCGAGCACAAGAAUAUCUCGAUCGGUGACCCCGAGACGGGUUAUUUGUUCAAGAAGGAUGCAAAUGGCAGGAUUGUCAAGAUCUCGAACUUUCCCGGCAUGUCGCGUAUUUCGGGGCAGAAGGCGGUGGAGGCGACUGGGAAGGAAUGGAUCAGCUUUCCCCAGAGUAUUUUGGAUACAGCCAAGGCCUUGGAAAGCUUAAAUGGGGGGGCUACAUGGCUUAGCGAUGGGACUGCAAAUGCAGAUAUAGACCAUUAUCAAAUUCAAGACCUCAAUGAGGAACUAUAA